CCAUGACUGGCAAUACAUGGUUUAUGAGCUCCUUGAACGACACCCACGAGAAAGACGAAGCAGAACAUUUGCAUUUCCCUUCAGAUGCGUCCCAGGGCCGCCUUCUUUGCAUUAAAGGCCGCAACAUUCGAGACGGCACACAAAACUCCUACGCCUUAGCAUGGCGGAGCAGUCUUCCUUUCUCCGCCACGCUCCUGGAAGGCCUAACCUUCAUAUCCAACUCUUACUACGACCAUGAAAAUCUGUGGCAUGGGUUGUGCGCCGUGGUGCCUUUCGUGCGGUGGUCGAUGCAGAACGGGUGCGUGAAGCCACGGAGAUGGGUGCUUUUCCACUGGGGAGAACUGAGGUACAAGAUGGGGCCGUGGGUUCGACAACUGAUGGAGACAGAUUUCGGAGAAGUCGAGGUUGAGGGGUUUAAGGAAGGAGACGAUGAUAAUGGGCCGUACUGUUUCGAGAGGGCGGUGGUGAUGAGGCAUGACAUGGGGGAAAUGGGGAUAGAGAGCAAGCUCAAGGCUUUCGACUUGUUGCGGUGCAAGGCUAGGAAUUACUGCGGCUUCACGCCGGAAGGUGGGAGGGAGGUGAACGAUAGAGGCUUUCCGAUCAUACGGUUAACUCUGCUCAUGAGAAGAGGCUCCCGGUCGUUCAAGAAUGCCGCCGCGGUUACCGAUAUAUUUGCAGAGGAAUGCGCCAAGGUCGAUGGGUGUGUCUUGAACGUUGCCCAAUCUGAAGAUCUCUCAUUCUGUGAUCAGGUGAGAGUGAUGAUGAACACAGACAUUGUUGCAUCUCCACACGGGGCGCAGCUAACGAACAUGUUCUUCAUGGAGCGUGGCAGCAGCGUAAUGGAAUUCUUCCCAAAAGGGUGGCGGGAGCACGGCGGCGUAGGUAAAUUUGCGCAUCACUGGAUGGCAGCUCAGUCCGGCAUGAACCACCAGGGAGCCUGGUGGGAUCCAAACGGACCCGACUGCCCUACCCCCGAAGAUACCUCCCAAUGCUUUUCGUUUCACAAGAAUGGAAAGGUGGGUCACAACCAAACCUAUUUUGCAGACUGGACAAGCAAAGUGCUCAAUCAAGUGAAGUUGAUGAAGAUGGACAAAGCUUCCAAAACUAUACUGCAUGAUUCAAAUGCCUGUGCUUGUUAAUUAGUUUGUUCAUC